AUGGCAGCAAAGAUGACCCGUGCCUUUCUGUUCACGGUCGUUCUCGCUGCAAGCGUUGCAGCAGAUGAUGGAGACGACUUCAUCAAUAAUCUGUUCUCAGACCUAGCACCACUGUAUACCGAAAGGCUGCUCGCCCUACUUGGAGAGAGGGUCACUAUGCAGUUUAUGAGUCAAUCACUCGGCUGGGCUGAUAAUGUCGUCUUGGCUAUGGUGCCUCUCGGAAUCGUUACAAUCAUCGUCAGCGCUAUCCGGGUCGGAGGGCCCGGAUUCCUUAAGGCUCUCAUUGGCAGAGCUAGAGAGAAUCUUGCUGUUGCUGAACAAGAGCUAAUGUCGUCUACAUCAACAGAGGUCUGCGAGCUCUGGAACGGCCAUGAAGUAGUGAGAUGUAUGGGGUCGGCUCCAAUUGCAGAGUUCAUUUGCUUACUGCCUGAAUUUGGAGUCACUGAGAAUGCUCAAGUGGAGGUCAUGCCGUUCGAAAAAGUCAAAAGUCAAUAUUUUGCUGAUAAGGAGAAAUCAUCGAACUCAGCAAAUCCAUCGAAAUCAGGCAUCAUUAUAACACGGAAUCCGCGGAAAAGCUCCCCAAAUAUCACCCUCAAUUCUCACAACAUCACGAGCAGAGCUGAACUACGCGCAGCGGCAGUAUGGGGAACUCUGCCCCAGUUGGGACUCAUCGCAUACGCCGGAUGUUCCGUGCAUUACCCAGCAUUGGGCUUUCUCAAGGACGGAAACCCCGUCGCUCGGUAUGCGUUCCCGUGCCAAUGGGUUGGAACGCUUCUGCUGAUCGUCGGCCUUCUCCUUUGUGCCCAUGUGGUUGAGAGUAGCACCAUCGAAAAGAAAUACCGGUCCUUGGACAAAAUGACGGCACAAGUGGUCUGGUUACAGAAGACAAAAACUGUCAGUGACCAGGUAUUUGACUCAUUUGCAAUCUAUGCAAAAACUAAACGGGCUUUCAUCACAACGUCGGAGCGGAGGCGUAAUGAAAGAAAGCCUUCGGGGUCUCCAUCGAACCAGGAAGCUAUGUCAACGUUUACUACCCGAGACGAAAAGCCUGGAGUCUCCCUAGAGCUGGGAACGAGCAUUGGGAUGGCCGUCAGCCUGUGUGGGUAUAUCGUGCAAUUCAUUGGCCUGCGUGGGCUACAUUGGUCAGUAUCGAUUGCACAGCUUGGCGCCAUUCUCUUGAUGACGGGGUUAAGGGCGUGGAUUCGGCGAGGUCUCGCAAGUCCGCCAAGAUCUCUCCAAACUCCGUUAGGUUUCGAACUCGAUUGGUUUGCGACGACAUUCGCGGAUAUCACGAAAAGCCCGUGGAUAUCUGACGCCAAGUUAGAGACUCAAGCAUGGGGCAUUCGGUGUUUGCAAGCACAAAUCAAAGCAUUCGAGGAAGGUGCUCCGCAAAAAGUUUCGACAGUUUCGACUGCCCAUCGUGUUGUCAUGAUCAGGAGACACCUAGUGCAGCUGGCAAACUGGCAGGGGCCGGCGUCCACGGAAGCUGUCUCUCUUGCACGAUCCAUUGAAGCCGCAAUGAAUCUUUUCUUUCGGACUCAGAGCAGAAUUAUUAUACCUGGUCUCUCGCAACGAGAAGGGAAUUGGAACGCUCCUGCCGAUGAGCUUGAAGCAGCCUUAUCGAUGUGGCUUUUCUCAGUUGAUGAGCUUGAGAAGAACGAAGAAAUAAAUCACCAGGAUAUUAUGGGAGAUGAAAAAGACGAUGAGUGGUUGCGCGUCAAAGGACCACCCGCGAGACCUGGUUUGCGCGUCCUAGGCCCAUACACGGAGAGUUUGCACAGAGAUCUCUCGUGGUGGAUGCCCAUCGAGUCAACCAGGAUUAUGAGAUAUUCAACAUUGACAACUUCCCCGAAAGAUGGCAUUCCGAAUGAUGAAAUAAGCAAGGAAACCCACAGAGUCGUCGGGCCUGGUGGAUCCGGCAUCGAUGGUCGGCAAUAUAUUGGAGAAGAAUUGCCCGAGUUCACGAUCGAAAAAAUCCGAACAGAAGAUGACGAGAAUGGAAGCGGAGGCAACGAAGAAACACCUAAGGCCCUCAUUACUAUAGAGGAUGAUAAACCCACCCAUGACUUCUUAGCCGCCGAGUUCCACGGGCCCUUGAAGUCGCUAUAUGCGCAGGACAUAUUCUCAAGCUUUUUCAGGGCUGCAGCAAUGACCCUCAAAGAACCACCCGAAGGCCCCGUGGAAACACGUCCGGAACAUGAAGCGACGGCCAGUACAAGCUGGAAGUCUUUUAUGCUCCAUAGUGACCAGAUUUCGAAGCUGGCCAAGGACAUCGAGAACACCGGACUUGGCAGCCUCAGUGACGUUUAUCUGAGCAUGAUACCCGCGCUUAGCGUCGAAAACAAGCUUCCUGUGGCUUCUGUCAUUAUCGAAUUAGCAAGAGAGAAGGCCCGACAGCACGAGAAGCUGCAGAAAUGGGAGGAGGCGGGAGAGAUAACGUUCACGCUCGAGAAUGAACUAUCCACUCUAGUAACAGUCAUUGUCGUGGAUUUCCUGAGGCAAGUCAGCUUGGGCUUAAAAUUGGCCGAAAAACAAUUACAGGGGUGCGACAGAGAGCAUUCGUCAGGGCUCUCGAGAGUCUCAUCUCUGAAGCGAACCCUUGAAUCUGAGCUUCUUUCCAACUUCCGUGGCUCCAUUAGAGCUCAAACGAUUUUCGCCGCCCUUUUAAAAUUGUAUGGGGCUCAAGGACGUCAAUGGAAGUGCAAGAUCUCUGAGGACCAGGCGUCUUACAGCGAAGCGAAAAUAGCGACAACAAAAAUAUGUGUAGCUGCAGCGAAACAAGCUGCAACGAAACAACAGCUAUUGCAAAACGUUGAAUACACACACUUUCACGAUGCAACCCGGGUCCUGAAUAGAGCAGCCACCGUGAAGGCGAUGCGUUUCGCGGGAGAUAUCAACGAAAAAGAUGUUCUCGGCUGGAUACCUCUGUAUUAUGGGGUGCGCGACCUCCAUAUCACUGAGAUCUUACUGAGAUCGUAUGAGAUAGAGAUCAACGCUCGAGAUUUGAUCGAAUGGACGCCACUUCACUAUGCUUGCACGUAUCCAGAGAAUAAAGACGGGUCAGUUUAUGAGGAGGAUACAAAUAUUGACGGCACCAUUGAAUGCAUGGCCUUUCAUUCUAUCUUGAGCCUCUUGGAGGCAGGAGCGGAAAUCAACGCACAAGGCAGACAUGGAGUCGCACCGAUACACUGUGCCGCAUUCGCAGGUUUUGUGGAGGCAGCCACGUUGUUGACAGAGGCGGGCGCAGAUAUUAACGUUCUUGACGUCUCAGGGAAGACAGCCCUUCACUGGGCUGCAUUCUACGGGAAGCAAGCCACGGUUGAAUGUUUGUGGAAAACUGCCAACAGAACAUUGCGAGAUAGAAAAGGGAGAACGGCUUUGCAUCUUGCAGUGAUCUCGGGGAAAUGGGAAACGGCAAUAUGGCUUGUCAACAAUGACGCUGACAUCAUGGCUAGAGAUCGGAAGAUGAGGAUACCUUUGCAUCAAGCUGCUUGGGACGGGAUGCUCGACGUUGUGAAAUUGAUGUGCGAGAAGUGCCCCACUGCUGUGAACACUUCAGACGGAGACGAGCUGACACCACUGGGUUGCGCGGUCAAGAAUGGGCAAGAAGUAGUUAUCCGAUGGCUUCUCGAGGAGACCGCGGCCGGAAUUAACCCUGAUCGACCGUUCCACGGGGGAGACUCGUUCAUGCUUUCGGCUAUCAAGCAGAAUCGUGCGGAUAUCGCUGGAAUCCUAAUCCAGCACGUUGCCUACUUGACGAGAGUAUUCAGGAACGAGGACAGCCUACUACAAGAGUCUAUCAAUCGUAGGACCGGAAAAAUCACUGAGAUGAUUUUGGCAGCAGGUGGAGGGAAACAGGCUGUAGAACCAUGGCUUUAUGGCUAUAAAGAAGAAGAGCAUGAUAAUUCCGAUAAAGAUUAUUCUUCUUAUACUGAAGAAACUGAUGGAGAAGAUGGAGAAGAUAGAAGAGAUGGAGAAGACAAUGAUUGA